AUGGAUGGCCUCCCUAAACUGCCUGGCUAUAACUUUCGUGAUUUAUCCCAAACAAGAUUUCACGUGCCCCAGCAGUUUACUAUUCGGAAUGGAUACGCGAUCUCGAAAAACCUUCGCGUUUCAGUUGGCGGCGGUGCUGUGGACGCGGAUGGAGCAAAAUAUCUGGAAGACGACGAUCUUUGCGGGUACGACUCCACAUUGACCUACGGUCGGAUGCGUCCGGCGGCAAUUGAGCCGUUUGUUCCACAUUUCGUACGCUACGACAUGAAAUGUUUGACAUUUAAAGCAUUUUUCAAGCAAAGUGUCAGCGAAUCGCCACAAGAACAUUAUAGAGUUCGUUUCGUCAAUAUAGCCUACUUUUUAGAGGAUGACACGAUGUCGGUGUUCGAACCUCCAACAAGGAAUGCUGGAGUCCCGCAGGGACGAAUGGUAAAACGAGGAAAAAUCCCGAAAAACGAGCACGGAGUACCAUAUACGUGGAAAGAUUUGAAUCUAGGUUACGACGUUGCCAUCUAUGGAAAAGUGUACCACAUAUACGAUUGCGAUGCUUAUACAAGAGAAUACUUAUUGAGUCAGGGUAUUGAAUUAGGAGAACAAGAGCAACCACCGGUGGAUCCUUUAACCCAAGAAAGGUUUUUGAAAGAAUAUGGACGCCUUUCACACGUGACCACAGUGUGUGAUGACAAACUCAGGAGGUUUUUGGAAUUUGACGGCAAAGUGUUGAAGUUUGAUGCAGUAUGGGACGAUCGAGACACAGAAUUAGGAGAAGUAAGAAAAUGUCAGAUACUGUACUUUCUGCGAGACGACACUGUUUCUGUAAAGGAAAUCUACGACCGAAAUAGUGGCAGAGAUCCAGUUCCGCGAUUGCUCAAGAAAACUAAAUUGCCUCGAAACUUCUUGCAAAGACCAGCUGAUUUUCCGGCUGUAUAUAGUGAAUUACAGGAUAGUGAUAUUUGUGAAUACUAUAGUCCAAAGGAUUUUCAGGUUGGAGAAACCAUUUUCAUUUAUAAUCGAAGAUUCUUUCUAUAUGAUUGUGAUAAUUUUACUCGACAAUAUUAUAAGAAGGUUUUAAAUAUUGAACAAAAACCAAAGAUAGAAGCUUUGCCCGUACCUCCUCCUCCUCAAGAAAAGUAUAUUCCGCCUCAUAUAAUGGUCGGAGUGCCGGAAGAUACAAUUCAAUCUUGCUAUACAGUGACGCCAAAAGCACCGCGAAUUGAUGCGGUCAAAUACAUGGUUCAUGCAACAAAAACCCCAUUGAGAUGGGAAUGCGAGAUGGAUUGGAUACAUCCUGAAGACUCAAUUAGGAAAUUCGUUAUUAACUAUUAUUUGCGGGACAGCAAAAUCAAAAUAACAGAAACUCCCAUUAAAAAUUCCGGAAUGCAAAUAGGAUGUGGAAAUACAUUUUUACGAGCAAUGUGCGUUCCUAAACCAGGAUCUAAUCGAGAUAACCCAGAAUUUUAUAGUCCUAAAGAUUUUGAUAUAGGAUCUACAGUGGAGGUAUAUUCUCAUAGAUUCCGAAUAACGGGAGCCGAUUUAUACGUCUAUCGAUACAUGUGCGCAAAUCCUGAAAAAUUCACUCAACAGCAAAUCAAUAAUAUGAGGGAUUAUCAAACAUUGAAAGGAAAUCUUAAAAAUGAUUUGAAAGACACGAUCAAGACGGAAUGUGAGAAUAAGAUCGCUGCGGACCUUGAAAAAUUAGUUCAAGAAGUGCCACCAACACCAACUCUCAUUAACCAAUGUUAUGAUGAAGUAGGCGUUAGAGAGAAUAUGGUAAAGAAAGUUAGUGAGCAACAAAGGCGUCUUGCAACUACUGUACCAAAAGAUUUGUCAUAUGAUGAUUAUAUCAAAUACAUUAGGAACCUAGAUAAAGAUGAAAAGCUGCUUGCAGAAAUGCAAGCUCGAACACAUACAGAUAUUGAAGGAGACAAACCCGAAUGUGAAGAGGAACCUGAGCGUCAUGGAAUACAUGUGAAGCAAACAUGCCCAUACAAUGUGGACCCGGAUAGAUAUCGAGACAUGAAGAAAUCAGAAGCAAAAGAAAUUCCUACGCAGCCUGAGUAUUACAUAUGUCCUGAAGCCCCUGAAACUUUCGCAUCGAUGCCCGUGUGCCCUGAAAUUCCCCAGGAAAAAAUAGCGCCUCCCGACCCUUGCGAUGCCGAUAGAACCGAUAAACCGCCCACAUUAAUGGAUAUGAAGUACUUACCGAAGCAGAAGAAAGUUCAAUUCCAAGAAAUCGCUCCUUUCAAUUGUGAUGAAAGUAUCGAGAACGAUAAAAAUUGCUGUUGCAAAUAA